AUGCCUCAUGUGGUCAACCCAACAUGCAUCGAACCUCAUUUCCUUCGCAACGUUCUGGAUGUUCUGAUCAUUGGGACUGGGACAGCUGGUCUUUCUGCGGCCUUAGCUCUUGGCCGUGCGCGAAGAAGUGCCAUUGUUUUCGAUGAUGCUGAAUACAGAAGCAGUUCCUAUGGGACUGCACAGGGUGCUUCAAGGCAAAUGAUCUCAAAAUCGAUUCAGGAGGAGACGAUAGCCGAGAUCAAAGCCAAGUUCAAGACCGUCAUGUUUAGUCACGCAACUGCUGCAUCUAUUCGUGAGAACGGCAUGGUAUUUGAGGUGGAGGACGUUAGAGGUCGAUUCUGGAAGGGAAGGAAGGUGAUAUUGGCCACGAGUAGCCGUGAUGUUCUUCCAGAUAUCCCUGGAUACCAAGAAGCUUGGGGAAAGAAUAUUUUUGAUGUCUCACAGUCCCUUGAUAUGAGUAACAGAAUCGCUGCUUACGCUGCUGUGCUCAUCACAUCCGGCUCUACAAGCUCGAUCGACGCGGCGGUGUUGUCGGCUCAUCUCGCCUGCCAGUUCAGCCCCGACUUAACAUUCCUAGCAAAUGGCCUUUCACACAUCCAACAUCAUCCUCAAAUCAUAACCGCCAAGAGGCAUGGAUUCAAGAUAGACAACAGACCAAUCAAAUCGCUGAAGAGUCAGGAAACAUCAGUGGCUGUCCAGUUCGCCGAUGGGACGGAAUCUGUGUACGGCUUGAUAGCGCAUAAGCCAAAGACGAUUAUUGGCGGACCUUUUUCACAGCAAAUAGAUCUUGAGAUGACAUCGGAAGGAAGAAUUUUGGUUGAAAGUGAGUUUCAAGAGACAAGUGUGCGCGGUGUUUUCGCUGUUGGUGAAUGUGCCAGUUUUCUCAAAGAGGAGAGUACUGGAUGGCUUGGUGGGGUUGGUGCAAACUUGCAAAUUGCCGAGGAUGAUAUGAGCAUCUUAUUACCGGAAGUCGCCGUUCCAAGUCGUCGUGUUGGGCCAUCGGGCUCUAAUUUCGGACCAUCGGCGGCAAUCACUUUAUCCCUGAAUCACGCAAUUGAGACUUAUCCUCGGCUGGUUAGUUCCCGCCCCGGACAAACCAUAACCCGCCCAUUUCACGCCCCGAAACAGCAAAGCGUCACGCACUAUCGCGUGACACUGGCAGUUCGAUCUGCGGCCUUUAGCCAGACUCGGAGAGGUCUUGCUACCGCUGCGGCCGUCACAGCUGCUAGCCGAAGUCACAAGGUUGUCGUUAUUGGAGGAGGCUCUGCUGGUCUUGCAAUCAGCCAUCAACUUCUCCGAAGUGGCCGAUUCGCCAGUGAGGACAUCGCUGUUGUCGAUCCUGCUCAGUGGCACCACUAUCAGCCUGGAUGGACACUCGUUGGCGCUGGGCUUAAGACUAAGGAGGAGUUGAAGAUGUCCAUGCCUGAGCUUAUCGAUCCCAAGCUCAAGUUCUACAACGUCAGCGUUGAUGCUCUCACUCCUGAGGACAACACCAUCACUCUUGGAACUGGCGACAAGGUCAACUAUGAGCACCUCGUUGUUGCGCCUGGUAUCAAGAUCAACUACGACAGCAUCAAGGGCCUUCCCGAAGCUCUCGCUGAGCGCAACGGUCCUGUCUCUUCCAUCUACGGCUACGACUUCUGCGAUAAGGUCUUCCCCAACAUCCAGCGCCUCCAGAAGGGUAAUGCCAUCUUCACCCAACCCGCCGGCGUCAUCAAGUGCGCCGGUGCUCCUCAGAAGUCCAUGUGGCUUGCCCUCGACCACUGGAAGCAGACUGGUCUUUAUGACCCCAAGAACCCCUCCGCCUCUCCUAUCAAGAUCACCUUCGCCACCGGUCUUCCCGUCAUGUUUGGUGUUCCCAAGUACAGCGCCGAGCUUGAGAAGAUGCGACAAGAGCGUGGUGUCGAGGGUCUUUUUCAGCAUGACCUUGUUGCCAUUGAGGGCAAUAACGCUGUCUUUGCCCAUGGCCAGGACAAGGUUACCAAGCCGUUUGACUUCCUGCACGUUGUUCCCAAGAUGGGACCUCAUGCUUUCGUCAAGAAGAGCGCUCUCGCCAACGAGGCUGGUUACGUUGACGUCAACGACAACACCCUCCGCCACAACAAAUUCGCCAACGUCUGGUCCGCUGGCGAUGCUUCAAGCCUCCCUACCUCCAAGACCGCUGCCGCUGUCACCUCCGAGGCGCCCGUUCUCGUCAGCAACCUCCUCCGCGCCAUCGAUGGCCAAGAGCCCGAGCCAGCCUAUGAUGGAUACACCUCAUGCCCUCUCCUCACAGAAUACGGCAAGGUGAUGCUCGCCGAGUUUAAGUACGGUGGCGUUCCCAAGGAGACUUUCGGAGAGAUUCUCGGCAUUGACCAAGCCGUUCCCCGCCGAUCAUUCUACCACUUGAAGAAGGACUUCUUCCCCUGGGUUUACAAGAACUACAUGGUCAAGGGAACAUGGGGAGGACCUAAGGGCUGGAUUAAAUAG